GGGAAAAAAAAAAGUUAGCUUGGUGACAUGUUGGGACUCACAUUUGACAAGCCCUACCCUGAUGAGUCAGCUUCAGGGCUAACAUGAAAGUCAUUUUGAAGACUCAGAAUGGACUGGCUUCUUUGUUAAUAAGACGUCAUCUUCAUAUAUAACUAAACAAAGUACUAAUGAGAUGUUAUUCUUCAAAUUAGCUUAAACCAUGAGCUAAAAAAGAGUUAUGAGAAGAAGCCAACACCCAGUUUUCUGAGUAUAUAAUCUCCUCAGUAACAAACUGAAUCCUCAGACCCAGCAUGUUGGGUCCUUGGGACCAACUUCAAUCAAGCAUUUUCACAAUAUGACCCAGAGCCCCAGCCACUCACUCAAGAGCUUCUACAAUGUCCCAACACUCUCUGCCAUCGUGCAUGAAUCGAAUGCUUUAAACUUUGAAGAUGGGUUUUUUUUACCCAGCAGCUUCCAUGGCAGGACCUGGCUUCUGGACAACUUUCAAGAAACCUGCACUGAAAACACCAGCUGCAAAGUACCCAGGGGUGAACAGGAACUAGGCACAGGGGAUAGCUGUGUGCAAAGUGCCUAUCUUCGCAGAGUUGUCCAAGAGACUUGUCCUGAUUUCAAGCCCUGUGAAAAAACAGCAUGUCAAUCAGGAAGACCCUUGGCAGCACUGGAGUGUGUUUCUCAGCCUUGUCAGUCAGGAAGUAGCCAGCAAGUGGGUUUUGCAGUCCAGACCUGCCAACCUUUGAGCAACAUGGCAAAGUGUUGCCCACCUAAGACUUAUGUGUCUAAGGGUUGUCAAACUCUGGAAUGUGACUCUAGCCAAUGCCAGUCUCGAACCUCUGAAUCCCAUUCCUGUAGCCCUCUGGGCUAUGUCACACCAGAGCCGGAGCUCCUGGGAUCUUCUUCUAACACUUAUGAGCCAAUCUGCUGUGUUACUGGUGGUUUGCAAUUGCCUAGUAAGUGACAAAUGUGGAGAAUGUGUAGGGAGGAUCGUAUUCUAAUUUGGAUACGUUGAUUCCUGAGAUAUCUAGGAACGUUUUCUUCUCUAAAUAUAAACUAUAUUGCAUAUGUUUGUGAGUGAAUAAACAAAGAGAACUUUUA